UGUACCAUUCAGCUGCCGCAUUUUAAGCCAGCUUCAUCUUCUUUCAAUCAAACCACCUAACACCAAGCAUGGCAAAGAUUUUGGUGAUUCUGUCUGUGCUGCUUGUGCUGGGAGCAGCCGCUCCACAGUCCCAGCAGCCCAAGGCGGGCACUCCGCUGCAGCAGCGCAAAACCAAGAUGGACUGGGAGCAGCUAACAAACACGAUCGAGGAAGUGUUUGGCAUUACAGCGGAAGGCAAGCAAAAGGAAGAGCAGGAGGCUUCCGAGCAGGGUGAACAGGAGGCUGCCGAUGAGCGCAAGCGUGAAUUCCUCGACCGACAACAGGAAAAGAAGGAUUCGGAGUUGGAAGAGCGCGAGGAGCGCAAUCGUGAAGCAGUUGGGCGUGCCCAAGGACGUCUCCCAGCACGUGAGCUUCAUCGCCGAAUGCAAGCGAGCGGGCAGAAGACGCUCGAAGGCAAGAAAAAACAACAACAGUCUAGUUCACAAGAAGAGGAGCAUGGUGAGAAGAAGGAUCGUUACUUCAACGAUUUCCCGCUGUACGAGUUUUCGUACGGUGUGCACGAUCCGGCCACAGGAGAUAAGAAGGAACAGUGGGAAAAGCGUGUCGGUGAUCAUGUGAAAGGGAAGUAUACGCUCGAUCAGCCCGAUGGAACGAAGCGAGUGGUUGAGUAUGAGGCCGACGAUAGGAACGGGUUUGAGGCUGUGGUGAAGGAGAUCGAUCGUAUCGAUGAGCGGAAUCGGGGAGAUGUUCGCUGGGGACAUGCCGAUGGCCAGGUGGCUCAAAGCUAUAGCAAGCUGAAAAAGGUGGAUUAAGGUCGUUACUGAGUGUUUUGAUAUCAAAAUAUCGAGUCUGGAAUAAAGAAGAAGUUUUCUUUCCACUAUA